AUGCAAAUAUAUGGUUAUUCUAAAGUGAAUCACAAAGAAGGAAUCAGAUUAUUGACAGGAAGCUAUUUUGGUAAAUUUGCACAUAAAGGAUUGGUCCCAGAGAACCUUGUUCAACCGUUGAACUAUCUUUCUCAAGUACUAGAUGCUGUAACAAAACGUUUAAUCGAAAUUCUUGACCAGUAUUCAGUAUUCCAACAACAAUCAUCUUUGUCCUCUCUCUUCAAGUGUGCUGAUCUGCCAUUACAAGAUGAGCAUUUUGGUAUGCUCGACAUUGUGUCCUACUUCAAUCAGAAAAGUGGUUUCAAGCCGCCAUGUAAUGGAUCAACAAUCGAAGAAGUCAACUGUGUCCCACAUUAUGAUCCGGGUCUCCUUUCAGUUAGUAUAUUAUCGACACACGAAGGACUUCAGUUGAAAAAUAUGACUAAUAAUGAGUGGAUAGACGGACCGUUAGAACCAAAUAUUGGUGUCGUUUGGUUGGGAGAAGCAGCAUCUCGAAUAACACAAAAUCGAUUAAAGCCAGGUAUCCAUCGAGUCAUUUAUCCUCAAGAACAGAAGCGUCGAUUGGCAGUCUGGUAUGAAGUGUGUACAGUGGAACAAUUAAGAAAUAUAAGCGCUGAUAAGAAAGACGAACGAAUGGCUGAUGGUGUCGUUACAUUUGGAAACCUUCCUGGAUUAGCUCCAGUUCAUGUCUUACCUGGAGAGAAAAAGCUGGAGUUUUUGAAACGAGUUGAAAUGGGAUUUGGAUUACCGGUGAGCAAACUAGGCCAUGUAUCUUAUAAUCUUCAAACCUAUGGCAUUGGAUAUCCAACAACAACAACUGAACUUGACGAACCAAUGGACACAACAUGA